UGCGAGAUUUGUUUUAAGCAAUUUAGUAAAGCAGAUUAUUUGAAAAUACAUUUAAUAGUGCACAGAGGAGAAAAAGCUAAUACGUGCGAGAUCUGUUUUAAGGAAUUUAGUACAGCAGGCAGUUUGAAGAAACAUUUGGGAGUACACACUGAAGAAAAACCUUACAAGUGCGACAUUUGUUUUAAGCAAUUUCGUCAAUCAGAUGAUUUGAAAGGACAUUUGAGAGUGAACACUGGGGAAAAACCUUAUAAGUGUGAAAUUUGUUUUAGGCAAUUUCGUCAAGCAGAUCAUUUGAAAAAAUAUUUUAGAGCGCAUACUGGGGACAAACCUCAUAAGUGUGAAAUUUGUUUUAAGCAAUUUUGUCAAGUAGGUCAAUUGAAAGGACAUUUGAGAGUGCACACUGGAGAAAAACCUUACAAGUGUGAGAUUUGUUUUAAGCAAUUUAGUCAAGCAAAUAAUUUGAAAGGACAUAAGAGAGUGCACACUGGAGAAAAGCCUUACCCGUGCGAAAUUUGUUUUAAGCAAUUUAAUGCUGCAAGUCAUUUGAAGAUACAUUUGAGAGUGCACACUGGAGAAAAACCAUACAAGUGCGAGAUUUGUUUUAAACGGUUUAGCCAAAAAGGUUGUUUGAAAACACAUUUGAAAGUACACACUGAAGAAUAACUCAUCAUUUUUAUAGGUUAUAACAUUAUAUUAAAUAUAAUGUUAUAACCUAUAAAAAUAGUUAGUUAGAUAUCAUGCAAUAUUUUACAUGAGAUAAAGUAUAAGAUAUAAGUAUUAUCUCUAUAAUAGCAAAUAAUGGACCCUCAUCCUUUUAGCUUUGAGCUCUUCAUUUCUUUUAUCUUUAUAGGAACAUAAAAUUCGAGCAAUAUGGAGUUCGAGCAUUACCUAUUAAUAAGGAUGAAAUUUGGUUCCAAGACUGUCAAUGGCUGUCCAGCUCACAAUGUACGGGAGGUGUUACGAUUUUUUAACCAUUACUUUUCCAGAUAGAGUUAUUGGUACAAAAGGUACCAUAAAAAUGCCACCUCGCUCUCCCGAUUUUGCACCUUUAGACUUUUUCGUAUGGGGUUAUGUGAAGCAACAAAUUUACCGACAUGAGCAUUAACGUGCCAAAAAUUUAGAUGAAUUACUUCAAAAAAUCAUUCAGGCCUUUCAAAGUACAAUACUCGAAAUGUUGUCGAACACCCGAAGGCAAUUAUACAACAGAUUGGGCUACCGCUUGGCUGACAGUCGUGGACUUUUUGAUUUAAAAUGUUUUAAUUAAAAUUAUAAAAUUGAUAUUUGUUUAGAAUAAAUUGUUUUAAUUUAUGUCGUUAAGAAUGUAUUAUUUUAUUUUUUUAUAAAUUGGGAUUAAAGAAACUGUUGAAUUAAUCUAAGAUAUGAACUAGCUUUUAUAAUCUUGAAAUCGCAUCGUUGAAAUAUUUCCCUAGACCAUCUAAAAAAUAAACUCUCUUUCGGCAACAAUGUUCUGUCCAUAGUGCUUACGGGUCUAUCACAGACAUGUGGUUACAUGUUAUUCUCUCGGACAUACAAGUCUAUGUAAUAAUUUUUCUUAGUCCGUUGCGUUGUCUUAAUGCCCUAUAGUCAGAUACAUUUUUCCAUGCCUUUAUACAUGUAGUUGAACCAAAUACUAUUGACUAAUACAUCUAACUCACACAGAAAUCUGGAAGCACGUUGCCACUGUCGGCUUGCAGUGAAACUACGUUGUGACAACGUAAAAUUUGACGUAAACAUUCAAAUUUAAUUUUAUAAAUGUUUGAGUAACAAUCUAAUUUUGCUAAAUUAAACUAAAAUACUUUUUGCUUCCUCAAAUGUAAUGGGAAAUGUCAAGAGUUGUAUGUAUUACAGUCAAUAGUAUUUGGUUGAACAUAUUGUAGUUGGUUUGUA